AGACAGAAAGCUGGUAGCAGGUGCAGGUAUACAGCCAUGGGCAUGAAGGUUGUGUGUGUGUGUGUAUUUGUAAGGGGGUGGGAAGUGAGCUUCGGGUUACCCAGAGGCACAAGUGGGGGGAGAGAACAGGCUGUGUGUGUGUGUUAUCAGGUGGAGAAAGGGGGUAUGUUACCUCCAAAAAAAGCCACCAGUGUCUUCCACACGUGUGAGGGGAGAGUGGGAGAAAUCUGGGCAUCAGUUCAUUAUCAACGAACAUGGGAAAAGGGUACGGACAUGAAAGCAGCCCUGAGGCUACUCCAAUGGGAGGAAAGAGAAAGAAGAAAGAUAAAGAUUUAGAUGAGCUGAAGAAAGAGGUGUCACUGGAUGAUCAUAAGCUGUCUCUCGAUGAGCUCAGCACUCGUUAUGGAGUUGACCUUGCCAGAGGUCUGACCCAUAAGAGAGCGAUGGAAAUUCUGGCCCGCGACGGUCCAAAUGCGCUGACCCCGCCGCCCACCACACCAGAGUGGGUGAAGUUCUGUAAGCAGCUGUUCGGAGGAUUCUCCAUCCUGCUCUGGAUCGGUGCCAUCCUCUGCUUUCUUGCCUACAGUAUUCAGGCGGCCACCGAGGAUGAGCCUGUUAAUGACAAUCUGUAUCUGGGUGUAGUUCUAUCUGCUGUGGUCAUCAUAACCGGCUGCUUCUCAUAUUAUCAAGAAGCCAAAAGCUCCCGGAUCAUGGACUCUUUCAAAAACAUGGUGCCUCAGCAAGCUCUGGUGAUCCGUGAAGGGGAGAAAUUUCAGAUUAAUGCAGAGGAAGUGGUUCAGGGAGACUUAGUGGAGAUCAAGGGUGGAGACAGAAUCCCAGCAGACCUUCGUAUCGUCUCUUCCAGUGGCUGCAAGGUGGAUAACUCAUCUCUAACUGGAGAGUCAGAACCUCAGACACGUUCUCCAGAGUUCACUCAUGAAAACCCCCUGGAGACCAGAAACAUCAGCUUCUUCUCCACCAACUGUGUGGAAGGUACAGCCCACGGCAUAGUGAUCAAUACAGGUGAUCGUACAGUGAUGGGCCGCAUUGCGACUUUGGCGUCCGGUCUGGAGGUGGGUCAGACACCCAUCAACAUGGAGAUCGAGCACUUCAUUCAGAUCAUCACAGGCGUGGCCAUCUUCCUGGGCGUGUCGUUUUUCAUCCUGUCUCUCAUUCUGGGCUACUCCUGGUUGGAAGCCGUCAUCUUCCUCAUCGGCAUCAUUGUUGCCAACGUCCCUGAGGGACUGCUGGCUACUGUCACGGUAUGUUUGACUCUGACUGCUAAGCGUAUGGCUCGCAAAAACUGUCUGGUGAAGAAUCUAGAAGCCGUGGAGACUCUGGGUUCCACCUCCACCAUCUGCUCGGAUAAAACUGGAACCCUCACUCAGAACCGUAUGACUGUAGCUCACAUGUGGUUUGACAACCAGAUCCACGAGGCUGACACCACCGAGGACCAAUCAGGUUCUUGCUUUGAUAAAAGCUCUCCCACUUGGUUCUCUCUGUCUCGAGUGGCAGGGCUUUGUAACCGUGCCGUCUUCAAACCUGGACAAGAGGAAGUUCCUGUGCGCAAGAGGGACACAGCAGGUGACGCGUCAGAGUCUGCUCUGUUGAAGUGUGUCGAGCUCUCGUCCGGGAGUGUUCAGACUCUCAGAGAGAACAACCGUAAAGUGUCAGAAAUCCCAUUCAACUCAACUAAUAAAUACCAGCUGUCUAUUCACGAGUUAGAAGAGAGUCCCACUGGACACCUGCUGGUGAUGAAAGGAGCUCCAGAGAGGAUUCUGGACAGGUGCAGUUCCAUAAUGAUCAACGGACAGGAACUCCCAAUGGACGAUGACUGGAGGGAUGCAUUUCAGGGAGCGUAUAUGGAGCUGGGCGGACUAGGCGAGAGAGUUCUGGGGUUCUGCCACCUGUUCCUCCCUCCCUCACAGUUUCCGAGGGGGUUUACGUUUGAUAGUGAAGAAGUGAAUUUCCCGGUCAACCAGCUCUGUUUCCUUGGAUUAAUCUCCAUGAUCGAUCCGCCCCGAGCCGCAGUGCCAGAUGCUGUCGGCAAAUGCCGCUCCGCUGGCAUUAAGGUUAUCAUGGUAACGGGUGACCAUCCUAUAACUGCCAAAGCCAUUGCUAAAGGUGUCGGCAUCAUCUCUGAGGGCAACGAGACUGUGGAGGAUAUCGCCGAAAGACUUAAUAUACCACUGAGCCAAGUCAAUCCACGAGACGCUAAGGCCUGUGUGAUUCAUGGUUCAGACUUAAAGGACAUGAGCGCCGAGUAUCUGGAUGAUAUUCUGAGGAACCACACAGAGAUUGUGUUUGCUCGCACUUCACCUCAACAAAAACUCAUCAUCGUAGAGGGCUGCCAGAGACAGGGUGCUAUAGUGGCUGUGACAGGUGAUGGGGUGAAUGACUCCCCUGCUCUGAAGAAGGCUGACAUUGGUGUUGCCAUGGGAAUCUCGGGCUCAGACGUUUCCAAGCAAGCUGCUGACAUGAUCCUGCUGGACGACAACUUUGCCUCAAUUGUUACUGGAGUAGAAGAGGGUCGUCUGAUCUUUGAUAACCUGAAGAAGUCAAUUGCUUACACGCUGACCAGUAACAUCCCAGAGAUCACACCCUUCCUGCUUUUCAUCAUCGCCAGUGUGCCACUGCCCCUGGGCACCGUCACCAUCCUCUGCAUUGACCUUGGCACUGACAUGGUCCCUGCAAUCUCUCUAGCUUACGAGUCGGCAGAGAGUGACAUUAUGAAGCGUCAGCCCCGAAACCCCAAAACUGACAAUCUGGUGAAUGAGAGACUCAUCAGCAUGGCUUACGGACAAAUCGGUAUGAUACAGGCACUGGGAGGAUUCUUCACCUAUUUUGUGAUCAUGGCAGAGAACGGUUUUCUGCCUAGAACACUGCUGGGAAUCCGACUGGAUUGGGAUGAUCGUGCAGUUAAUGACCUGGAGGACACCUAUGGACAGCAAUGGACCUAUGAGCAGCGUAAGGUCAUCGAGUUCACCUGUCACACCUCGUUCUUCGUCAGCAUAGUCGUGGUGCAGUGGGCCGACCUCAUCAUCUGCAAGACGCGCAGAAACUCUGUCUUCCAACAGGGCAUGAACAAUAGGAUUCUCAUUUUCGGAUUGUUUGCUGAGACGGCUCUAGCGGCCUUCCUGUCCUACUGCCCCGGUAUGGACAUUGCCCUGAGGAUGUACCCACUCAAGAUUAUGUGGUGGUUCUGUGCUUUCCCGUACAGUCUGCUAAUCUUUGUGUAUGAUGAGAUCCGUAAAUUAAUCCUGCGCAGGAAUCCGGGAGGCUGGGUGGAAAAAGAGACCUACUAUUAACAGGAAUAUGCAAUCUUUUUGCAUGACUGUUGGUGUGUGUGUGUGUGUGUGUGUGUGUGUGUGUGUAUCUGUUUGUGUGUAAAAGAUAUAAAGAAAGGUAAUGAGAUAAAUGAAGAAUCAGACAAUCAUAUGACAUUUAUCAUGUAAGACUGAAUGUGUGUGUCUGUGUGUGCAUAUGUGGGUGUGUGUACAUGCACUUGGCAUAAUCUGUUUACAUGAUGUAUCCUGAAUACUGUAUCAUUAACCUCAAUAAUUUGAUGAUUUAAUAGCCAGCUAGGGUUCAGGAUCAUUAAAUUUCUACUGAAUUGAUUUUUUGCUGUGACUUUUAGGCUGGUUAUAAGCUUUCUUUUAGAGUUAAUUUUCUUUGUUUUCACUUGUGUUUGAAAUAUAGUACAUCCAUGAUUCAAAUACUUCAUAUUUAAUGUACUAACUUCAUGAAAAAGCUUUUUGUUGGUGCUAAUUUAAUGCAAAUGUAUUAGAAUUGUACUAUAAUAUUACUUUAAUUAUACUUAUAUGAUUCUAUUUAAAUACUUGUAAGAAAUAUUAAAAAAUACAAUUCAACAGAAAGUUGUGUGAAUAUCUGUAGAUGUUUGACUUUUGUUUUCUAAUAAAAUUCACUGUGCAACUCGAACAUGAAGAUGAAAUAAAAAAUCUAAAUUGCUGAAUAUAA